AUGAGCAGCCCCAAAGUCGUCGAGGGCGUCUUCGCGAUCAACAAACCCACCGGCAUAACCUCCGCCCAAGUCCUGCGCGACCUCCAAUCGCACUUCACGCCCUCCUCCCUCUUCGCUCCCUGGCUCAGCACCGAAGCCACACGCCUCGCCGGCGAGCACGACAAAUCGAACCGGCACAAUGGGCGGCACGGCCGCAACAAGCGGCUCCAGCGCGGGCUCAAGGUCAAGAUCGGGCACGGAGGCACCCUCGACCCGCUCGCUACCGGCGUGCUGAUCUGCGGCGUGGGGCGCGGCACCAAGACUCUGGGCGGGUUCCUGGAGUGCACCAAGAGCUACGAGUGCGUGCUGCUGUUCGGCGCGGCGACGGAUAGCUAUGAUUCCGAGGGGAAGGUUGUUGCGCGGGCGCCGUGGGGGCAUGUCACUAGGCAAGCAGUAGAAGAGAGGUUGGGGACGUUCAGGGGACGGAUCAUGCAGAGGCCGCCGGUGUUCUCGGCGCUGAGGGUGCAGGGAAAGAGACUGUACGAGUAUGCGAGGGAGGGCAAGGAGAUUCCGGUGGAGGUGCAGGCGCGGCCGGUUGAGGUGAAGGAGCUGGAGCUGAUGGAGUGGAUGGAGGGGGGGAGCCAUGGGUAUAGGACUCCGGAGAGGGAGGUGGAGGGCGAGGAGAAGGCGAUUGCGGAGAAGCUGCUUAAGCAGGCGGGUGGGCUUCCAGACGGCGGCGCCAUGCGCGAGCAAGCAGAAACUAAGGAGGAGGAGAAAGACGGCGAAGCAGCCAGCGCACCAGAACCACAGAGCCUAAAACGGAAAGCCGACCCCCUAGACGACCUCAUCGCCUCCCCACCACCCUCAUCCAAAAAGUCGAAAACCUCGUCAGAGCCGGAACCGGUCAUGUCCGGCGCUCUCCCCACCUCCCCAGACCCGGUUCCCACCUCAGAACCAGCAGCCUCAGAAUCCCAGCCUCCCUCAGAGCCGCCACAGAGCUCCCAACCGCCCGCCAUCCGCCUCCGCAUGACCGUCUCCUCGGGCUUCUACGUCCGCUCCCUCUGCCACGACCUAGCCAUCUCGCUCGGUUCUCUCGCGCAAAUGGUGGCAUUAGUCCGAACGCGACAGGGCGGCUUCGAGCUCGGGAAGAACGUGCUUGAGUAUGGCGAUUUGGCGAAGGGGGAGGAUGUUUGGGGGCCGAAGGUGGAAGGGAUGCUUGAGACGUGGAUGGAGAAGGAGGCGGGAAGGAGUGAGGACGGCUCGAGGAAUGAGCCUGAGCAGGUACGGCCAGCUGAGGAGGAGGCUGAGAAAAAGAAGCCGCCGAGAGCGAGGUGGAAUGGACAUGCUAGGAGGGGGAACUCGAGUAGCGUGGAGCCGGAGCCUGCGGUGGAGAGGAGGAGGAGAAAUUCGAGUAGUCCCGAGACAUAA